AAUUGUUCUUUCGCAUAUUUGACGCCUGUGUUGAAAUUAUUUUUCCGGAAGAUUUGUGCAAGAGUUUGUUAGAAUACGCGCUAACACACCAAUUUAUACAUACUUAAUCAACCAAUUACCAGAAUUUAAUGGAAAAAGUUGCAAAUAAAUAAAACUAAAUAUGACUACGUGACCUCGUCAUGAGAAGCGUUCAAAACUGGUGUAGAGCGUCGGGGUAGUGAAGUGUGAAAGUUUUGCGUAAUUGUUGCACAUUAAUUUACAUAAAGACAGAAGAAAAAUAAUUGUUUAAAGCUAAGACAUUUUGAAAGCAACAAACAAAUAUCGGAACGGUUAAAGAAGAAGUCAACAUAAUAUUUUGCUCGAUUAUUAAAACACAAAAAUAGUGGUUGCCAUGAAUAACGGUGGGUUUAGUACAGGAGAGGAGGACUCUCGUGAUGGGCACAGUACGUGUUGCCUUAUCGACGACGAUGAGCGCUGCCGAAAUCCUGCGGGGAAUGCGAGAUAUAGCAAACGUAUACAAAAAACAGUACAACAAAAACGGCUGAAACUACGUAAUGACCCCACCGCGGAACGCAUUUAUAUCUGUGAAUACCACAAGUGCCAGAUACAGUCUGCACGCAGCAAACGCCGACGCAAGGAUUCUGAAGAAGAUAGUAAUGAGACAGACAACGAAAUGCAGGAUACCAUGCCCGAUCUCUAUUCUCUACAAGUGAACACCUUGAGACGCUACAAACGUCACUACAAAGUGCAAACCAGACCCGGCAUGAAACGACAGCAGUUGGCGGAUGCAAUCGUGAAGCAUUUCAAAACGAUUCCAAUCAAAGAGAAGGAAAUCAUCACAUACUUUGUGUAUAUGGUUAAAACCAAUUCGAAUAAGCUGGAUCAGAAAAAUUGCAUUGGCAAUGACACAACCUGAGGAAAACGGAGUUAGGUCUCCAGAUAUUUGGUGAUUUAAUGCUAUUUUCCUUCAAUAUUUAAGCCGGCAAUAACAGCAGCAUCAUCAAACACUUAGUGUAUAAAGUUUGCUUCAUGUAAAUGUACUUAGUUUUAAGUCAACAUUGAUCAUCGUGUUAUUGUUUACUUCAUUUUGAAAACUAGAAUUAUGCAGUUAAUCUAUAAUAAAAGGGUUAUGUAAAUAAUUCUUUUAAUUUUAUGUGCGUAAGUAUAUUUAUAGAAAUGUAGAAAGUUAACUACACAACUCUGUUGAAUAAAGAAAGUGAUUGUUAAAUUUUUGCAAUACUAAUUAAAUACUAAA